AUUAGAAUGGAGCAAAGAGAGAGGAGAUAUAUUUGAGUAACAGUUGAAGCUGAUGGGAACUUGUUGGUGAAGACAACUUGCAGAUGAAGGGACAUGGACAUGGUUGUUUAUCUCUUGAAAGGUGUGAGAAAGAUCUUGUGUUUGCUGCAGCGUGGGUACAGAAUUAGGUGGAAUAAUCAGUGCAUUCAGAACCACUUCUCAGUGUAGUUUACAUGAUUUCAUGAUAGGCGACUUGGUAAUGGGAGGUCUUGUUUCUUCUUGUAUAUAGAUUCUGAUUCUUGUAUUUGAUUUCCAAUAGGAAGGAAACCGUUUUUUUUAAGUGUAAUUGCUAUGUGGUCAGUUUAGGCUUCGAUUGGAUGUGGUCAUGUCUAGCUUUUGAAUUGUACUUUAGUUACAAACAUUCUUGAUGAAAAAUUCACGUCCUAUCUGUCUAUUUGACGUUUAUUUUCACCCUCGUAUCUUGUUCUUUCUGUUUUCAGUGACUGCAUUAUGAAAUUCAUUCUUUUAUAUUUCCACACCCCCACUGUAUAUAAAAUAUUUUGACUGUCUCAGUGUAUAGUAUUUUAGGCUGAAAAUGCAAUAGAAUCGUGAAUGCCAUUGCUCUCUAAAACCUUAAUUUCAAUUUCAACCAAGAAUUUGGUUAAAGCGAAUCGAGUUACUUUUUAUGAAAGUACGUAUAGACCUCUAAGCUCUGUUGUUAAGCUGUGGUUGGUCUGGAAUCUGUAUUCGGUGCAUAUCAUUUACGUUGUUCGGCAUGUUCAUUUAUGCUGUUCUAUAUACAUGGUUUUCGUAUCUGAAUCUUUUGGACUGGGUAAAACUGUUCGAAUUGCAUCUUAAUAUUGGCAAAAGGGCAGCACAAGAAUCAGAGAGAAGUUGUCGUAGAGGUACUUGUUCUAAAUUCUUUUCUUUUUUUCUUUUGAUAAGUAAUAUGUUUAAUGGUCCAUUCAUCUGAAUUUUGUUCUUUAGGUAUCAGUAUAAUACUUAAAUAAACUUUUCUCUUUUAUGUCACAUUAACUAUGAAAUGUAGAACUAAACACUAAUGCUAUAGGACUAUAACUAUACGAAUAUGCAAGGGAGAUUGAUCUACAUUGCACAAAGCUCUCUUUAGCUGUUUUUGUCGGACCAUGUUUAGAGUAUCUGGUCGAGUUUUUGAAUUUUCUGAAGGUUUUCUAAGCCAAUAGAAGGUUCUGGUGUUUUUUUUUCUUUUCUUGGUUGUUAUAGUUUUCGGCAUGCCGAGUCUUGUGCUGUUGUGUGGUAUAGGCUUGUAGUGCUUGCUUUAAUGUUCUACUACACCUCCAUCGCCCUUUCCUCUUCUCUGUCUCUCUUGUAAAUGUCCCUGAUGCUUUAAACUGUUGUUUCAUACUUUGUUUGUCAUUUUGUAGUUAAAAUUUGUCGUACUUGUGGUGAAUUUCUUUCUUGUUUUGAAUUUCAUUGCUCUGAUCCUCUUCCAUCUUCACUUUACUAAUGGAUUAAAUAUUUUUCGGGAUAGUUAAUAUGCUGCGCGUGUAAAGUUCCCAAUGCUUGUUAUGUUUCACGAUAAAACCUCUUAAUCUGUGAUUGUGAAAAGAUGCAUGCGGAGUCUUUUCUCAAUAAUUUAGACCUAGGAUCUAAAAGUAUUUGAAAAUGUAAUUUGGAGACUCUUUACUCCUUGAUGUCCUAUUCUAGUCUGAAGAGAGUGACAAUGAGAGGUUUAUUACACGUAGUUUGGGCAGUGGCAGUUCAACACUUAUGUGGCUUGAGUUUUUCAGAUAAUUAGUAAAAAUUUAGACUGCUCUUAACUAAUGUGUUUGAUAUUUAAUCUUUUGUAUGUUUGUGUGUAUGAGAAUAUGAUUCCUUUAGGAAAUCAAAUUUUCUUUUUUAGUCUCUUUAACCUUCGCUUUUUUUGAAAAGAACUUUUCAAUUUUAACUUUGCGAUGUACACACAUUUGCUAGUUGUGGUUGAAUAGAACGAUUUGGAGACAAGGAGUGUAGACCAAGCCACCUCUUCUGUUAUUUCCUUAUGCUUGGGAGGUAAGGAGUGUAAACCAAGCCACCUCUUCUGUUAUUUCCCUAAGAGAUAAAAUACCUUGUGCUUUAUGCUAAAUUUGGUAUUUUGAGGAAUGAAGAAACUUAGAAAAGGUCCUUUUCUUUGAUCAAGGGGUAUCUCUCAUAGUCAUUAUUGGUUCUCUUCUUUUAGUUGAUUAUCUACCUCCAAAUACUCUCAUCAGGUUUCUCUUCUUAGGUUCUCUUCACCAUCAGAAGAACUUGGUUAUCUUCCAUGGAUAAUGAAGAGAACAAACAGAAUGAUACGUACAGGAACAGUAUACCCUAUGUUCAACUCAACAGGAUCGACUCAGAUUAUGCUUUUGCUUUGGCAUUGCAGGAACAGGAAACACCAUUGAGACCAUUUUUGGCGAGUGAAAGUGAGUCAAAUGAUAGCGACGAGGACUUCGAAGGUGAUUCUGAAACUGAUGACUGCGUGUCUGAUGAAAUGAAUGAAAUUGAUGAAGCCGAACUAUUGGAUCUCAACAAAGAAGCGAGCAACGAUGAUGAGGAUUUGAUUGCGUUGGGAGAAUUCGUUGGAACUGAGAACAAAGGGCUAUCAACAGACAAAAUCAAAUCUUGCAUAACUCCUUACGCAUAUAAAUCACAACUGGAGGGCAAAUAUGGGGUUGAUCAGUGUGUAAUCUGCCAAACUGAGUAUGAAGAAGAAGAGCAAGUAAUGACACUUCCAUGCGACCACAUGUACCAUUCAGAAUGUAUCACUACAUGGCUUCAAAUCAAAAAGGUUUGUGCCAUAUGCAACACUGAGAUCUCCGAAAAUCUUCCUUGACGCCUUAAUUACUUUCCUGAUUCAUCUGCUCAAUGUAAAAAUGUAACAGAAAUGAAUGUAUAGUUAUGGCUUAGCCGCCGGUUUGAAAUCCAUUGAACUUAUUUGACCAAAAAGCGGCUGGUAUAAUUUUAUCAGCUGUCCAAUUGUUUCACUGAUGAUGUUGCAUGCUGAUCUGAAUAAAGAAAGUCACUGACCCGUAA